GUGCACCCGCUACGGUACAGACCGAAUGCGCUUGGAGGCGAUACAGCUGACAGCCCGAGCUACCGCUACGUUCAAGGACAAGGAUAUUGUGAUUACACGGCGAAGAUCUGAUGGUGUGUCGGAGCCGCGUGCAGAAAGACGCGACAGAAUACCGUUUAACGGCGCCGAUGGAAUUAAUCGUGGUUAUUAAUCUAGCGCAGAUAACGGGGCACAAUGCGCGUGUGUGAUGCGGCCGAGCGCGCGCGCUGCAGUAUCCGCGCAGAGGCGCGUGAGCCCCCGGCUGCAAGUCGACUGUCGAUCCAGUGUGUUGUUUUUGUGAAUAUGUGUCGAAUUGAAAAGAAAAUGGUGCUGUAAAGAAACAAAAAGGGUGUUUAUAUAUAGUUAUAAUAAAGCAUAUCUGUUUAGGCGUUUUGUUUUGUUGAAAUGAGCCAGCGCAGAAUGUCUGCGUCUCUACAGCGCUUAUAAACGGCUCGGAUAGCCUCUGUGUUCAAUGAUAAGCCGCUGCCGGUUUAUCUGAGAGUCUGUUAUGCUCUUGAUUCAGUGUGCGUCUGUGUGCGUGACGCGCUGAGGAUGGCAUCCGGUGCCGGUGGGGAGGCGGGUGAUGGGGGCCCCGCACCUGUAAAACCGUUCCCGUACUUGUGUGAGGAGCCUACACAGGGUUUGAAAUCUAAGAGCCUCCCCGCGCUCAGCGGCAGUCAGGCUCCGGAGCAGGACGUGGACAAGACUCUGCUCUCUGCCCCGCACUGCUCCCCCGUCAGGACCGAGCGUCGUGAGCCGGUGAGACGCACCGCUGCUGCGCUCCUGACGCUCCGCCUGCCGCGGCUGCCCGUGAGGCGCUACGUGGACAGGAUCCUGUCGGACUCGCGCUGCUUUCUGUUCUGCAUGUGUUACCUCACCUUCAUCCAGUCUCUGAUGGUGUCCGGCUAUCUCAGCAGUGUCAUUACCACCAUAGAAAAGCGGUACAGUCUGCGGAGCUCAGAGUCGGGUCUUCUGGUCAGCUGUUUUGACAUCGGUAGUCUCUUCGUUGUGGUGUUCAUUAGCUACUUCGGUGGGCGGAGCCAGAGGCCUCGGUGGUUGGCUGUAGGGGGCGUGCUCAUUGCUGUGGGUGCCGCCCUCUUCUCCCUACCUCACUUCAUCUCUCCACCAUAUCAGCUGGAGGAGCUGAACAGCACAGUAGGGGGAGAGGGGCUCUGUGCCGGCGGUAAUGGCAGCGGUCAGGAGAGGUCAGCACUGUCCAGGUGCCAGCGGGACCGGGAGGAGCGUGAGCAUGCCCUCUAUGUGGUGCUUUUCAUCUGCGCUCAGAUCCUCGUGGGAAUGGGAUCAACUCCCAUAUACACCCUUGGACCAACUUACCUGGAUGACAAUGUGAAGAAAGAGAAUGCAUCCCUGUACCUGGCUAUCAUGUAUGUAAUGGGAGCUCUUGGCCCAGCUGCUGGGUAUCUGCUGGGUGGGAUUCUGAUCGGAUUCUAUGUCGACCCUGGGACAAUAAUCAGUAUUGAUCAGAGUGAUCCACGGUUUGUGGGAAACUGGUGGAGUGGAUUUCUUCUGUGUGCUGUGGCAAUGUUGUUGGUAAUCUUCCCCAUGUUUUCCUUCCCUAAAAAACUUCCUCCACGGCACAAGAAAAGUAAAAGCAGUGUAAAAAAGGGUGCAGGGGAUGUCUCCAGUGAUGAUGAAAUGAAGAAGGAAAAGAGCCAGGCUGUCUCGUCCUCCAUGGGUUUUGGCAAAAAUAUCAAAGAUUUGCCAAAAGCAGCUGUGCGUAUAUUGAGUAACGUGACGUUUUUAUUUGUGAGUUUGUCAUAUACGGCGGAAUGUGCCAUCGUCACAGCCUUCAUCACUUUCAUUCCUAAAUUUAUUGAAUCUCAAUUUGGUGUUCCAGCAUCUAAUGCCAGUAUAUACACAGGUCUGAUCAUUGUACCCAGUGCAGGUGUUGGUAUAGUUUUAGGUGGGUACAUCAUUAAGAAACUGAAACUUGGUGCAAGAGAAGCAGCAAAGCUGGCCAUGAUCUGCAGUGGCGUGUCUUUGCUCUGCUUUUCCACUCUCUUCAUUGUCGGCUGUGAGAGCAUCAACCUCGGUGGAAUCAAUAUCCCUUACACCGCCGGGCCGACGCUGACUCUGUCUCACCGAAACCUGACGGCAAGCUGUAAUGUCAACUGUGGCUGCAGGAUUCAUGAGUAUGCGCCUGUCUGUGGCUCUGAUGGCAUCACCUACUUUAACCCAUGUCUGGCUGGCUGCAGCAACUUUGCCAACCAAACCUCAGGAAUCAGAAACUAUUCGGACUGCGCAUGUGUUCAGAGCAGACAGGUGAUCACGCCGUCGGGAGGAAAACAUGAUCUGCAGGUGGUGAUCGUGAAGACAUACCUAAACGAGAACGGUUAUGCCCUGGCAGGAAAGUGUGAGCGCACAUGUGGAACGCUCAUCACCUUCCUCAUCUUUCUCUUCAUCGUGACUCUCAUAACCGCCUGCGCUCAGCCAUCCGUCAUCAUCGUUACGCUCAGGUCAGUGGAGGAAGAGGACAGGCCGUUUGCUCUGGGAAUGCAGUUUGUUCUUCUCCGGACUCUUGCCUACAUCCCCACUCCUAUCUAUUUUGGGGCUGUGAUUGACACCACCUGUAUGCUGUGGCAGCACGAUUGCGGUUUCCAUGGGUCCUGCUGGGAGUACGAUGUCACUUCCCUCCGCUUUGUUUACUUUGGGCUGGCUGCGAGCUUGAAGUUCCUGGGCUUCCUGUUCAUCUUUCUCACCUGGUAUUCGCUGAAGCAGCGCGAGGAGCAGGCACACACACAUACACACACACACACGCUUUCCCCACUGGACACGGUGAGCCACCUUAUCUGUCACGCAGGAGGUCACAAAGGCCACGCCCGCACACGCUCCUGUCCUGUCUUCCUGCCACGCCCACCGGAACACUCCCACGCUGCAAUGCCAACUGGACACGCCCUUAGCCGUGGUAACAGCUGCCCUGGCAAUGGCCUGAAAGCAAUAACUCCCCCCAUACGGUCACUUGAAAAAGUGGCGGUCUGAGGACUGGAGCCUUGCGCUCACACACACAUACUCGCUCAUACACAUGCAUGAAACUUCAUACAAUUAUGACGGCCGGUUAUGUAAAUGGAAACAUAACACAACGCUUAAAGCCAUUGCUGGUGCCUUUUUUUUAAACACACACACAAACAAACUUCAAAGACAUAUUAUCACAGAUUUUUGUGAAGCACUGAUUAGUAAUAAAACUUUUUUGACAAUACCUCAGCAUGAUGAAUACCUCUGUUCAUCAUAACAUACCAACACAAACAUACUCAAACACAUAUAGUCAUCUCAUCUAGUUACCUAUAGUGUUAGUUGGGCACAUAUUCUUUUGCUUCUCCUGUACAGCAGACAGAUACAUGUACUUGUUAACCUCAUUUAUUCAUCCAUUUUUCAACAGUGAAGGGAAAGAGACUGCAAAACUUUACUAUGCAAACUCCUCCCAUCACACUGGCUCCUCCUAAUUCACAUGAGCCCCUCCCCUAUAAAAACCCCUCCAUACCAACCAUUUUUUUCUACACCCAAACUGUAAACUCCUCCCACAGUACUGACUUCAGAUGUGUUUGACAGAUAGAUCGGUGUACAACAUCAAAGUACCACGAAAGCAAUAUAGUGCAGAGUGCUACAUGUGCUUUCAAAUCACUCUUAUGGAGCUUUGAUGUCAUUCACCAAUCGGUCUGCACAGCAGCACUUCACAUCGAACAUGCCGCCUUCUCAUCGGCUCCUCCCAAACUUUAAAUUCCUCCCUUAAACAACCUCCCUUUCAACUAUUUUGGCCACACCCAGAUUGUAAACACCUCCCCAGUACAGACUCCUCCUGAAUCUAAAUAGCCCCUCCCAUACUUUAAAAUCCCUCCUCUAAAACAACAGGCUUGUUUGAGAUGAACUACACUAGCCUGUCACCGGCUGGCAAGAUCUGCCACUUGCAGUCGGGGACGGAAUUGAAAUCAGAGACAUCAAAUCAGACAAUUUCUGCUACUGGUAGUGACGCUCGUGCAGUGUUUGCAUGCUAUCACAGAUUAAGUGA